GAUCUGUGCGCAGAGAGAGCUGCAGGUAUUUCGCCAUUGCUGUAUAAAGAGUUAUCUGGCCUGGCGUUCAGCUGUCAACAAAAAAACUUGCGGUGCGGGACGCGGAGCUGCGGGGUUGACGGAAAGCUCGUCAGCUCCUCCUUGAACCAGUGUUCAUCCCUGUCCCUCCCGGAGAACACUUUCAUGUGAAUACAGAGCCUACGGACGAGGCAACUAUGUCCAAUCUCAGCAAAGGCGGCACCAAGAAAGACACCAAAAUGAGGAUACGGGCCUUUCCUAUGACGAUGGAUGAGAAGUAUGUCAACAAUAUCUGGGACCUACUAAAAAAUGCCAUCCAGGAAAUACAGAGGAAGAACAACAGCGGCCUGAGCUUUGAGGAACUUUACAGGAAUGCCUACACAAUGGUGCUCCACAAACACGGAGAGAAACUGUACACAGGCCUGCGGGAAGUUGUCACUGAACAUCUCAUCAACAAAGUACGAGAAGAUGUCCUGAACUCCCUAAACAAUAACUUCCUCCAGACACUAAAUCAGGCGUGGAACGACCACCAGACUGCGAUGGUGAUGAUCAGAGACAUCCUGAUGUACAUGGAUCGGGUCUAUGUGCAGCAAAACAAUGUGGAAAACGUCUACAACCUGGGGCUCAUCAUCUUUAGGGAUCAGGUGGUUCGUUAUGGCUGCAUCAGAGACCACCUUCGACAGACCCUGCUGGACAUGAUCGCACGAGAGAGGAAGGGGGAAGUGGUGGACAGGGGGGCCAUUAGAAACGCCUGCCAAAUGUUAAUGAUCCUCGGCCUUGAAGGAAGAUCUGUUUACGAAGAAGACUUUGAAGCACCGUUCUUGGAAAUGUCGGCAGAAUUUUUCCAGAUGGAGAGCCAAACGUUCCUUGCAGAAAACAGUGCGAGUGUGUACAUAAAGAAGGUCGAGGCCAGAAUUAAUGAGGAGAUUGAGCGGGUAAUGCACUGCCUGGAUAAAUCGACGGAGGAGCCCAUCGUCAAGGUGGUGGAGCGGGAGCUCAUCUCCAAGCACAUGAAGACCAUCGUAGAGAUGGAAAACUCAGGCCUGGUCCAUAUGCUGAAGAAUGGCAAGACGGACGAUUUAGCAUGCAUGUACAAGCUGUUCAGUCGAGUUCCCAAUGGGCUGAAGACCAUGUGUGAGUGUAUGAGCUCAUACCUGCGGGAGCAAGGCAAGGCACUCGUUUCAGAGGAGGGAGAAGGAAAAAAUCCUGUAGAUUAUAUCCAGGGUUUGUUGGACCUGAAGUCGCGUUUUGACCGUUUCCUCCUAGAGUCUUUCAACAAUGACCGGCUCUUCAAACAAACUAUUGCUGGCGAUUUCGAGUACUUCCUUAACCUCAACUCCCGAUCACCUGAAUACCUCUCACUCUUCAUCGAUGACAAACUGAAGAAGGGAGUAAAAGGGCUAACAGAGCAGGAGGUGGAGUCUAUAUUGGACAAGGCCAUGGUGCUGUUCCGCUUCAUGCAGGAGAAGGACGUGUUUGAGAGGUAUUACAAGCAGCACCUGGCUCGAAGGUUGCUCACCAACAAGAGCGUCUCGGACGAUUCUGAAAAGAACAUGAUCUCCAAGCUAAAGACUGAGUGUGGCUGUCAGUUCACCUCUAAACUAGAGGGGAUGUUCCGGGACAUGAGCAUCUCCAACACCACCAUGGACGAGUUCAGACAACAUCUCCAGACCACUGGGGUUUCCCUUGGAGGGGUUGAUCUCACUGUGAGGGUCCUGACUACAGGAUAUUGGCCAACACAAUCAGCAACACCUAAGUGCAGUAUCCCCCCUUCACCACGUCAUGCAUUUGAAGUCUUCAGAAGGUUUUAUCUCGGUAAGCACAGUGGUAGACAACUCACCUUACAGCACCAUAUGGGUUCUGCGGAUUUAAAUGCAACUUUCUAUGGUCCCAUCAAAAAGGAGGACGGGUCAGAGGUUGGAGUGGGCGGAGCUCAGGUGACGGGCUCCAACACCAGAAAGCACAUCCUGCAAGUGUCUACGUUUCAGAUGACCAUUCUGAUGCUCUUCAACAACAGGGAGAAGUCCACUUUUGAGGAAAUCCAGCAGGAGACGGAUAUCCCUGAGAGGGAGCUGGUGCGAGCGCUGCAGUCUCUGGCCUGUGGGAAGCCCACUCAGAGAGUUCUUACUAAAGAGCCCAAGUCCAAGGAGAUUGAAAAUGGCCAUGUGUUUACAGUCAAUGACCAGUUUACCUCUAAACUGCACCGGGUCAAAAUCCAGACAGUGGCUGCUAAGCAGGGAGAAUCUGAUCCAGAGAGGAAAGAGACGCGACAAAAGGUUGACGACGACAGAAAGCAUGAGAUUGAAGCUGCCAUUGUUCGCAUCAUGAAAUCUAGGAAGAAGAUGCAGCACAACGUCCUAGUAGCAGAGGUCACACAGCAGUUGCGAGCACGAUUCCUUCCUAGUCCGGUAGUCAUCAAGAAGCGCAUUGAAGGACUCAUUGAGAGGGAAUAUUUGGCAAGAACACCGGAGGACCGCAAAGUGUACACUUAUGUAGCAUAACCAGUAAAUCCACUGAAAGCUAGCAUCAAGUUGAAACUGAGGUCCUUGUUUUUGUGGACUGCUACGUGUCUGAAUGGACUUUGGAAGUGCUUUCGUUGAUUCUGGGACACACUGGGAAGCUUAACCUUUCUUCCAUAAACAUAAAAAAAGUGAUCAUCAUGCAAAAGAUGGCGAAGUUUUCUAGCAAUAUUAGAUCUCUUCUGCUAAAAGAAAUGAAAAGAGGGGAAUAUAGUUUUGUAAGAAACAAACAAAACAAAAAAAUUCCAGUUUCUUGUGGCCUUUGGAGAGACCUGUCUGUUUGCCAGUUAGUUACAAACAGUUAUGAAUAGCAAACACGGGGCUACAUGGAGACAUGGAGAAAACAUUUGAACUCACUCCCCUGUUUUAAAUGUUGAUGUCGGUGUGUUACGUUUGUGUUUCGUGGCACAAUAAUGGCUGUACAGGUUGAUGGACAGUCUUGGCCUUUUCCUCACAGAGGAUUUUUAGAUUUAAAGAAAAACAUGAACUGUGGUAACUGGUACAGACCUGUUUUACAACAGCAGUAAAAAAAAAAAAAAAACCAUACAUUUUUGGAUAUUUCAGAAACAGUGACAGUUGUUUAAUUUAUUCUGAAAGUUUGACUGUUUUUGGGGGUUUAUUUUAUAUCUUAGAGUGCACCUCUCUCACAGCUGACAAACAUUCAAUGCCAUUUUCAGUCAUGUGGCCAAGUCUGUUCUGGUGAGUAGAAAUAUCAACACCUGGUGGUUUAAAGCAUACGUUUAUCUCGUGGCUCUAUCGGGGGAAUAACACGGUUAAAAGUCAACUUUGUUUCUCAUGGCACUUUUUUUUUUUUUUUUACCUCAAGGCUGUGGUGUGAUCAGCCAAAAAUGAUCUCUUCUAAAGAAAGGCUAGUUGUGAUGCAGAUUUUCAAGAUUUUAUUUUUCUUUUCAAAUACAUUUUGAACAGGUGGAACUAGUUGCGUACCAUGCUCCAAAUGUGUACAAAUUGUAAAAUAAUAAUUGUACUCUGCGAAGGUGGAUUGUACAGGGCCUUGUUUUCAUCAUAAUAAAUGUAGUUACAAAAAAAAUCAUAUUUAUUUUUGUUUCUAACUUAACUGGAUUUCAGUGACGAUCUGAAAUACUUGUUACCAGUGUCCUUAAUUCAAGGAUUCCAGUCGGGCAUUUUUUUCCACUAACAAAUUAACAUACACAUUAAAAACUUUAACUAUUAUAGCAGAUGAGUGACUUUUAAAAGAUUUCGAUAUGGACCCAAAGUAUUGAGUUGCAAAGGGGUUCAGCUUUGCAUGUUUAAACCAGAGGCUGGUUUACACACAAGCAAUGAUGGAUACUGUGGCGGAUGGAUUAUCUGAAGCUAAAGGUGACAAUGAACAUGAUCAUCUUCAGACCUUUGACUUGCAAGAAUUUCUUUAUAUUCCUGUUGGAAUUUUUCCAUCUGAUUGGUUUUCAUGCCAAGUUGCCAGUAAAUGUCAUAUUCUGCUUGAUUUGCCAGUACAGUGGCAAUUCUUCCUUCUGGUGUUGACUCAAAUGAUGGUGAUGGUAUAAGCCUUACUAUCCAGAAACAUUGUUGGGGUUAAAAAAAAUUAUCAGAGGGGAACAGAUCGUCCAGCCUGAAUUGUUUUUAUAGCUGAAGAUCUUCGAGAAUGAAAUCGCUCAAGUCUCUCCCUGGUCCUCUUCACAAAGUAUUUGUUGUAAACAAAGAUAAUUCUUCCCCAAUUAUUGCCAAAACUCAGCUCAAACUGUUUGCUGCUUAGAACACCACUGCAAAUCAAUAGGAGGAUUUGAUUUUAAAACUGGUGAAAAAAGAAAAACACUCGCAACUCGACCAGUUGCCUUAUACCUUCUGUGACGUCACCUGAGACAGGUCCCUGUGGAAGCUUGUAUUUGGGAACGUGCUCUUCAAAUUUAUUUCAAUGAAAGCUGAUAAGUUGAGGUGAUUUUACAGACAUUUUGGCUACUAGCUUUGUACUGUAUAUAAAGCAGCAGUUGCAAUUUUUGUUCUCACAAAAUCUUGCCUUUCAACUUGUAGCAUAACGAUUUUUUAUUUUUUUUAAACCUGUUUGAGCAGGUAGCCUCUAUCGGGGUAAUUUCUGUUCACACUGAUCAAACAGAAUUGUAAACAAGUAUUGGGCACCACCAACGCCGAGACCAGAAUGAUUUAGAACAUGUCAAACUUUUUACUGGUUUAUGUGGCUCUUUUAACUGUUAAGGCAAAACUGCAGCUUUUACAGGAUUUUUCAAUGGGCACAAUGUGGAUCCUAGUAUUGCUCUGUACCCCAGACUGAAACCUUUCUUCCCAUAUUUUUAAAUAAUGACCAAAGUAAAUGCUGUAAGAUGGACUUUGAUCUAACAAAUAAUGUAGUUUGUGUACAUCCAGUGCCUUACACUUAAACUACCUUUAAACCUUUUCACAGGUACAACAAUUUCAAUGUUUUGUAUGGGGAUUUUUUGUGGUUGACCACCACAAAGUAGCGCACAUAAUUGUGAAGUGGAAGGAACUGGGUAUAAUUUUACAUGGAUUUUAAAAGACUCACAAAUAAAAAUCUGGCAUGCA